CCGAGCGAUAUAUUGACCGAGAGAUAAUUUACCGAGUGAGAUAGUGAAAGUGUCCCGUAAUGGACAGCAUACCCCCCGACCUUCUGGGCUCCCUGGCCCCGGUGGUCCAGCAGCAACUCCCGCGGGUCUUCACGGAGAUGGAGGAGGAAGACCUGGAGGUGGAAGCGGCCUGGAAGCGCACCGCAGAGACUUUCAACGGGGAGAUCAGUGCCCUGACAGCCUCCAAUGAGGCGGACGAGGCAGGGUGGCAGGUGGAGAGGGCCUCGCUGCUGGCCGCUGUGGAGGCCGCCCAGGAGGAGGAGCGCCGGAGGCUCCAGGUCUCCCUCCUCCAGAUGGCGCAGCAGGCCCAGGAGGUCCUCCACCAGGCCACCCUGCUUCGCAUGGCCCGCACCCAGCCAGAGAGCUCCUCAGCCCAGGCAGAGCACUCGGGAAGAAGCCCCACCAUGAUGGGCCCCCGUGCGGAGCAGCUGGUGCUGGAGAGAGUCAGGGCCUGGAGCUGCCCCCUGGUGGUGGACGCCAGCAGCACCGCCCACAAGCAGCAGCUCAUGGCAGAGCUGAAGGAGCAGGCGGCCAGGUGGAUGGAGGCUCCUGUGGCAGCAGGGGAUAGCAACACCCCAGCAGGGGAUAGCAGCACCCCAGUAGGAGACGGCAGCACCCCCGUGGUGUUCAUGACGUGGGGCCUCAGGGAGCAGUGGAGGAAGGUGCAGGACAACAGGCCCGUCCUCAAUGACCACCUGCAGGCUUUCCUGCACAAAGAGCGCAUUGAACAGCAAUUAAAGCAGCAUGUCCAGAAGGAGAGGGAGCUGGAUGCUGAAUUUGAGAAGAGGAGGCGCAGCCUGGAGGAGAAGUACCUGAAGAAAGAGGAGAAGCAGCGAGCUGCUGCAGAGGAGAAGAAGGGGAGACUGGAACAGCAGCUGAGGAAGGAGGCGGAGAAGAGGACGAGGGCAGCCGCCAAGAAGCAGAAGAAGAGAGAGGAGAAGGAGAAAAAAGAGGAGGAGAAGAGAGAGGAGAAGGAGAAAAAAGAGGAGGAGAAGAGGACGAGGGCAGCCUGCAAGGCGCAGAAGAAGAGAGAGGAGGAGGAGAGGAAAGAGGAGGAGAAAGCUGCCAGCCUCAGCCUCAGCCGAUACUGA